GGUAUCGCCGCCGCCGCACCGUGAGGGAGCGGCGGGAGUUGCUGCGGCCUCCCUUAUCCGUCCCCCGCUUCGAAUCCCACUGCCCUCGCGAUCGCGACAGCCCCCCGCUGCAUCGCAAUUAACUCCAGCGGAAAAGCCCCGCUGUACUUCCGGCACUGUUCGGGGCGUGUCUGGCCGCGGCGCCACCCGCGUUCUAUGGUCCGCGGCGCUCCCAGGGUCCCCCGCGCCGCGGCCGGUACGCGGGAGGAGCGCGGCGGCGGGCGCUGGCCUGUCCGGGGCCUGUCUUGCCCCGGGGCUGCGCCUGCCCGCGGCCGCCAUGGAGCUGGAGGUGCCUGAGGAGGCGGAGGGUUCGGCCGCGGCGAGUGCCGGUGCCAUCACUCCGGAGGCCGGCGUAGGGGGACCGGACGCGUCAGGAGGUCUGGGCCCAAAGAAGACAGCUGUCACUGAGGGCCCAUCACUGCCAGGACAGCCAGGCCAAGGAAAGAAGAUUGGCCAUCGAAGCGUGGAUGCUUCUGGGGAAACCACCUACAAAAAGACCACCUCAUCUACUCUGAAGGGGGCCAUCCAGCUGGGGAUUGGAUAUACUGUGGGCAAUCUGAGCUCCAAGCCAGAGAGGGAUGUCCUGAUGCAGGACUUCUAUGUGGUGGAGAGCAUUUUUUUCCCAAGCGAAGGCAGUAACCUCACCCCGGCUCACCACUACGCUGACUUCAGGUUCAAGACCUAUGCCCCAGUGGCUUUCCGGUACUUCCGAGAGCUCUUUGGGAUUCGUCCAGAUGAUUAUUUGUAUUCAUUAUGUAACGAGCCUCUGAUCGAGCUGUCCAACCCCGGGGCCAGCGGCUCCCUCUUCUAUGUCACCAGCGACGAUGAGUUCAUCAUAAAAACUGUGAUGCACAAGGAAGCUGAAUUCCUGCAGAAGCUCCUUCCUGGAUACUACAUGAAUCUGAACCAGAAUCCCCGGACACUGCUGCCCAAGUUUUAUGGACUGUACUGUGUGCAGUCUGGGGGCAAAAACAUCCGCGUGGUCGUGAUGAACAACAUCCUGCCUCGAGUGGUGAAAAUGCACCUGAAAUUUGAUCUCAAAGGUUCAACCUACAAACGCCGAGCAUCCAAGAAGGAAAAAGAAAAGUCCAGCCCUACAUACAAGGAUCUGGACUUCAUCCAAGACAUGCCCGAGGGCCUGAUGUUGGAUGCAGACACCUUCAGUGCUUUGGUGAAGACAUUGCAGCGAGACUGUCUGGUAUUGGAAAGUUUUAAAAUCAUGGACUACAGCCUCCUGCUUGGGGUUCAUAACAUAGACCAGCACGAGCGGGAGCAGCUGUCGGAGGGAGCCCACAGCACGUCGGAUGAGAAGCGUCCUGUGGGGCAGAAGGCCCUGUACUCCACAGCCAUGGAGUCCAUCCAAGGAGGGGCUGCCCGGGGGGAGUCCAUAGACACAGACGACACGAUGGGAGGGAUCCCAGCAGUGAAUGGCAAAGGAGAGCGUCUCCUGCUGCAUGUAGGAAUCAUAGAUAUCCUGCAGUCAUACAGGUUCAUCAAGAAAUUAGAACACACCUGGAAGGCCCUUGUCCAUGAUGGGGACACGGUGUCAGUACACAGACCCAGCUUUUAUGCAGAGAGAUUCUUCAAAUUCAUGACCAACACAGUAUUUCGAAAGAAUUCCUCUCUGAAGUCAUCCCCCUCAAAGAAAGGGCGUAGUGCCUUGCUGGCCGUGAAGACAGCGGGUCCCACCGCGGCGUUCUCAGCCAGCCAGCUGGCCUCUGAGAAGGAUGACACCCAGUACGACCUGCGGGCAGCCAGGAGUUACCCCACGCUUGAUGAUGAAGGUGCUAAACCUAACCAGGACAGGGAAGAAGCAGGCAGGCCAGACCUACUCCCUUGUACUCCUCCUUCCUUUGAAGAAGCUACCACAGCCUCCAUAGCCACGACACUAUCGUCAACAUCUCUCUCUGUUCCUGAGCGAUCCCCCUCGGAGACCUCUGAGCAGCCCAGGUACAGGAGGCGUACACACUCCUCAGGGCAGGAUGGCAGGUCACACGAGGAGGUGCGGGUCGAGGAGGAGGUUCAGCAAAUCAGCGUCGAGCUGGAGCCCAAGUGUGACGUUGAGAUUGUAGCUCCUGAAGAAGUCAAAGAAGAGGCAGCUUCUUCAGCCUGUGCCAUUGUCACAUCCACAGCCACCGUAGAGGUGGAGACGGCCAGCCAGGCCUCGGAACCAGCCAGCCAGGCCUCAGAUGAAGACGACGUGCCAGUCACAGACAUAUACUUUGCUGCAUUAGGUGAUGCAGUGGGAGUCUAGUGCUGAGCCAGGGAGUAAGUUGGUUGUUGGCAGCAGAGUGCCGUGGAGCCUGGCGCUGGUCCUCACUCAGCUCCCACAAUGGCUGAGCAACUUCUGCAGACCAGAGAAGAGGUUUUUUAGCAACAUGUACCUGUCCCAUGGAUUCCCAGAGCAGAGCUGAGUGCCUGUCCCAUGAGAGCUGAACUCUCUCUCGUGCCUGAGCACUGGAACCCUCAUUAAAAGAGGUGCCCGGCUCCUCCCUGCUCCGACUUGUUGUUGUUGGUUCUGUGGUGCUGGAGAUGACCUAAGCCCAUGCAAUGGGCUCCUUCAGGCUAAACUAAAAUGCAGCAUUGGCCUUUCCCUGGGCUCUUGUGACUCUGCUGCAGAGCUGCUCACUCAUUGCCUAGUCGUUCUGAGGCUCGUGGGAGCUGUGGAAGGAAUCAGCCCUGUUUUACAGCUUGUUUGGGGUUGGAUGCAUGCUGUUCAAAAUGCAAACAGCUCCUCUAACACUGCUGCCCCCUCCUUGCCUGUGGAUGGCAGUUGUGUGCAGGCAGAUCCUGCCUGCUCCCCUGGCAAGUGUCUUCUAGCAAGGGUCAGCUGUUCUUCCUCCCUGUCCCUGGGCAUAUGGACUCCCCCCAGCUUGAGGGGCACCUCUAUCCAAGAGAAGAUUCUGCAGUGUGUUCACAGAGUGUGACUGACUGCUCAUCAGCAUUUCAUACUUCAUCUGAGUCUGAGUUUUGCAUUAAAUGUGUGUCGUGUGCUGUGGAGUGUUUGUCACUGCUGGGAUGAAGGGAAAAGCUGAUUUGAGUUCCCAUGGGUGCUGUCCUUGGAAAACCACUUGAGCUGGAGCUCAGGUGAAGUUGCACACCUGUGCUUAAGUAGCACCGCAGCUGCUCCUACAGGAGUGCUCAGGGGCACUGGUGGGUGAAGGGAUGGUGUGUGCAGAGGAGGAUUUGCCCAGUCCCAGGGGACUGUGAUCUGAUCACUGGAAGUCUGCUCCUGGAGAGCACUUCAUUCUCCUGUUCCUCUCCAGGGAAUAAAAGUGCAGAGUGUGGCAGGGCAUGGGUGCUGCUCUUCCCUGCACGGCUUUCCCACCUGCUCACCCGUUCAGGCCUGGAGUUGCCCAACCCCUUGUUUUUUGCUUUCUCUUUCAUCCUCUCUUUCACAUCACCCUUUUUUUCCUCUGUUUCCUUUCUCACCUCACUUGUCCUGGGGCCACCCAGUUCACAGAUGGGAGGUACUGGAUUUACUCUCCCCGCCAGCGCAGACUCCGAACUACCUCGCAUUCCUCUGGGAUUGUAAGUGACCAUGCCAGCACAGCAUAUAGGGGAGCAGAGCUGCAGCUUUGAAACACUGGGGCCAGCACCUCAUUUCUCUCAACAGCUGGGGCUCUGGAUUGAAUGGGCAUUAGGAACCAGCCCAGCAGAAACAGGGGAAGCAUAUUGAAAUGACACCAGUGGAUCUCCUUGUAGGAUCUGAGAGAAUCAUGAGCUCUGUCCUGCUUUUAUGCAGACUGGUGACAGCUCCUGCCCUGGAAUGGGCCAUAGUGUCACCCAUCCCUUGGGAAAAGUGACAGCAGUGAGGCCCUGGCACAGGUUACCCAGAGAACCUGUGGUUGCCCUCUCCCUGGAAAUGUCCAAGGUCAGACUGGGUGAGCUUGAAGCAACCUGGGAUAGUGGAAGGUGUCCCUGUCCAUGGAAAGGGGGGAUAGUGAGUGAUCUUCCAACCCAAACUGUUCAGUGAUUCUAAGUACCAGAUCUGGUCAGAGAGGCACUAGCUUCUAUAGGUGAUGUCAGACUCAGCAACUUCAGCCCAGGGAGAGGGUUUUAAAGACACCAUUAAGAUGUUCUGAAGCUUCUAAAACUCCAGUUUAGUCUGUUGCCCCAGGCAAACAGAGCUGUUUUGGCUUGUGGGGAGCAGCUCAAAAACCAAAUGAGGCAGGAGCUGGUGCUGAGUUAGGGCUGGUUAGAGCUCUCCAGCCCUUCUCAGUGUCACCAGUGUGCUCCCUCCUCACUGAAGGUGUUCUGUGAGCAGGGAGGACUUUCCAAAAGAUGCAGGGAAGCAUUUGAGCUUUUAGGGGCUGAAUCUGGAGCUGAGAUUGUUCUAGGUUUAGCAUUUAUCAGGCUUUGGGAAGCCAGGGGGUGGUGGCAGUGCUGCCAGAGCCUCGCUGGUGAAGCUUGGUGCUCCCAUUUGGGUUACAGGCAGGAUGCAUGGGGAAGCAGGGGCAGGAAUGUGCCCCUGGCCAUGGCUGAUGGCAUGAGGAAGGUGCUGCACUUCCAUGAGCAAACAGGCAACUCCUCCUGCCCCUCAGCUGGGUUUGGCUGUUCCAGCACUGGGAGGGGUAAUGGCAAGCACUGGAUGCUCCUUUAUAUCCUGCAGCUCCCUGCAUGCAUCCAGGCUCCUAAAAGGCUCUGAAAGAGACUGGCCAGAUCAUGGGGUUCAGUCAGGAUGGAUGAACCAUCAUGGAUGAAAAAGAGGAUGUGGAACAAGCUUGAUGUGGUGGGGAGCUUUCCUGUACCUCUGACAGAGCCCUGUGAGAAGCUCCAGACGGGUUUCUCAACCAACCUUCCUCCUAGCAGUCUCUACUAAUGGAGCUGCAGGUACUGGAGGGUUCAGCAUGUGGAGCCCAGUGCUUCAAAGCUUCUCUGACUUCUUGUAGUUCAUUGUACAUUGUAGACUGUCACACUCAGUUCCUGGGCUGGGAACACUGCAGGCUUCUUCCAAGCACCCAGUUCUGCUUCUCUUCCUUUGCAAAUGCUAGGCUGGGUCAAAGUGGGGACUCUGUGGGAGCUCCCCUGGAGACAAAAGAGCCUGUUUGCAAUGUAAAUGGGCCCCCCUGGGAACCCUGGAAGCAGAGACCAGCCCUUGAAUCUGUGCUGUGUCAGCAGCAGAGUGUGUCUGCUCACACCAAUGCCCAGUGCUGUGAUAACUGUCCUUCAAGGCAUACCUCCUUCCCCUCAUUCUUUCCAGGGUCUGGUUGUGUUUUGCCUCCUGUGUUGUACUUGUUCCCAUCACCCCACUGUCCCCAAGAUCUCAGCAAUAACUGUUUCCUUUCUGUGGCCACCAUCCACCAUGGUCUCACCUCAACUCCGCUGCCUUCUGCAGAGAAGGAGGAAGGCACAGCAAACAAAUCCAGUUUCCCUGUAAAAGCCUGGACACCACUUUGUAGCAUGCACAGGGCUCUGGAAAUGGGAGGGUGACAGCUGGUAGCAGGUAGCAGGAGCCCAGAGCUGUCACUGCUCUUAGGUAAGUCACUUCCCAAAUCUCUCGAUUUCUUUGGAGCUGGGUGAUGCCAUGGCAGGGAGCUGAGGUUUCCCUGACAUCUCAAAAGCUCUAAAACUAUGUCCCUACAAGAGGAGAGGUUGUGCCACCCCCACUGCAGCUGGCACAGGUGCCAUGUUGCGGUUGGCAGGGAGCAGGUAUGUGUUGAGGAUGAGGAGGGCUUCUCUGCUGAGAGCUGGCUCUGGGCUCAGUCCUCUCCCUCCAGGUGGACAGCUGUUCUUACUGUAUUGUUUCCUACUCUUUUUAUUUUCUCCUUUUAUUUUUUCCUCUUCUCUCCUUUGCUCCCUGCUCUGCUGCUGCUCUCCCUGCAUUCUCCCUGCCAUCUCUGGCCACUCUGGCAGCCGACAGACGAGAGGAGUUGGGUUUACUCCCCGCUCCACUAUAGCGCUCAGCUCCACCCUGUCUCCGAUGAGGAGAGCGAUACAUAAUCUCUAUGCAGACACAGAAGUCCCAGAGAGCAGCGAUUCCCUCUGCAGGUCGAUGUGUUCCCUUUUCGUUGAUGCAGCCAUUCCAGUAGGAUGGGGAAGAGCUUGCUGACACCAGUAUUGCUGCACUGCAGGAUCCUGGGUACUGCGUUUCAGAAUGGAGCAAAACUAUAACCAUGUAUUUCUACUUACCCCAGACGUGGGCAGCAAAGAAACCACCCACUCACCCGCAGCUCCCAGCAGAGAAUUCCAGCUGGGUGUAGAGAAUCCUGGGUAGUAACACAGUGUUUUCCAGACGUGCACUACCGUAGCUACCUAUCCAUGUGUGAUACUGUGAACCUUUUUAAUUUUUUAAUCAUGUAUUUAUUUCUUUUAUCUUUGCACAGAGACAGCACAAAUGUGCUUUUUUAAAGAUUUAGUUUACUGCACUUUUUUUUCUUUUUUUCCUUUUUUUUUUUUUCCUUUUUUUUUUUUUUUUUUUUGUCAUAUAUUUGUGCAUCAAAGAGGAGCAUGAGACUUCACUGAAGAAUGGGUAGGAGCACGUUGCUGGGGAGGGCAGAGAGCGGAGUGGCUUCAUGUGAGGCAGCAGUGUGGUCUGACCAGCUGAGGGAGUCAGGAGGUUUAAGGCUGUCCAGACUCUGCCACGGUUUUUCCAAGUUUUUCCAAGGCGAGUCACUAAACCACUCUGUGCCUCAGUUUCCCCCAUGCUAAUGGGUGCACAGUACCUGCUUCUGUUACAGCACUUAAACCCUGGGAUGAAAGGUGCUAUGAAAAUGAAAUGUAUUAAAGGCCAUGGAAUAGAAUUGCUCCCAUGUUACCAUAGUUCAAAGUAGCCAUGCCAAUUCACUUGGAUCCAAACUCUCUAGUGACUUCUCCUGUCUGUAACACUGUGCGGGGCAGCACACAGUUCCUGGUGACAGUGAUGUGGGUUCCUCAGCUCUCCCUGAAGUCAUGAUGGGUUGCACCUUCACCUUGUGCUGCACUGCUGCACCACUCCUCCCUCUGUGCUUGGAGUCCACACUUCAUCUGACCGGCCGCCGCCUGCUCCAGACCAGUGGGAACUGGGCACCUCUGAAGCCUGGCCACGUUGGAGGGCAAGUUCCCCACUCUGCCCAGCCCACAUGGGGCUUGUCCAGACCCUGCAUCCUCCUGGAGCCGCUCAGCCCUUCACAUGCUCAUGGCUGUACCCUGGCGUCACGGACACUGGGUUCACACGUCCCCUCCACCCCUCAGGGCAGGCAGGGAGACAAGGGCACAUCCACACACUGGAGGCAGGAAUGGGAGCCUGGCUCCACCGCAGAAUUGUGCCAGCACUGCUGUGCUCGUGGACUCUUGGACAGAAAGCUGGGUGACUGGGGUGUUGCCUGGGGUCACAUCUGCUGGUGGAAAUCCCUGCUGCGGGUGUCUUAGAGGGUUUGCUUCGCAAGAGCUGUGAGCUAUAGGUGAGAGAAUUUGAUGUCAUGGGGUAGUGUUCAGGCUCAUCCAUCAGCAGUAUACAUAUCAUAGCAUAGUCUGGAAUCCAGCAAUCCCAUCCUCAUCUCCCAGAGAGAAAACAGGAAAUCCUUUAGAACAGAGGGAGACAGGUCUUGUUCGUGUGCUUUAUGAACCUCACUUGAGAAAGAGGGUUGAAAUCUCUAUUCCCUUUACAAUCUUCACUGUCCUUGGGAUUCCAUGUAGAGCGAUGAGGAAGUGGGACCCUGCUCUCAGACCUCAGUCCCCACAAUCUGUCUUCACAGCAGCACUCAGGAGCAGUUAUGUUGGGUCCCAGAAGGUAGCGGGGCUGAUGGGAAGCUCUUCCUUCUGUACUGUACUGAACUUAGUGAGAAUCUUCAGGAAUUGAUGGUUUUUUCUUGCCCAGAAUACAGGACCUGGACUUCCCUUCCCUGCCUGUAGAUGCAGAAGGCUGUGAGUUUUGCUUCGUGGGAGCACAGUCUGAGGAUUGUGCAAG